AUGAAUUCUCAAGAUAGCAUUAGUGAAUCUAGCUUUGCUAAAUCAAAUUGGCAGAAAAUUGAAAAUGACGUAAAAUCAAAGCUUAUAAAUUUUCUUCAAAGUAAUGAAGAAUCAAUUACUCUAGAUAUAAAUAAUA